UUCGAAAUGUGGUCUUCCUGUGUGGGCGGGGUUAAGAUUUGUAUACGUAGACAUUUGCACUGCUAUUAUUCUUCCUUUUGAAAAAGUGGCUACUGUAGACAAGAGCCAGUAGUACAUAAGUGAGACAUAUUAACCAUAUCACUCACAUUCCUGACUUUUUGUAAAAAAUAAUUAAUAACCUACUUAUUUGGAAGAUGGUCGCCAAACAGAGGAUUCGUAUGGCCAACGAAAAACACAGCAAGAAUAUCACGCAAAGAGGCAACGUAUCCAAAUCCACGAGAAACCCUCAGGAUGAUAAGGUAGCCGUGGGACCCUGGCUGUUGGCGCUCUUCAUCUUUGUUGUGUGUGGAUCAGCUAUCUUCCAGAUCAUUCAGAGCAUUCGGAUGGGCAUGUAGGAUGACAUGUCCAACCCAUCCAUUCCACUCAGUAUCUGGCCAACCAAGAAACACCUCUGUCUCUGCUCUAUGACAUCCCAUUAUCCUUCACUCAACAUUCUCAGUCUUCUUAAGCUGCACAAAGCUAGGCCAAGGAGGAUGAGCCACUAUCUUGCACUUUUUGUGACUUUUUGUUCUUAAUUUGUCUUAUUUUAUUUGGCCUUUUCUAUAUUAUUUGUCUUGCUGGUUACUUUUGGCAAGCUCUAUCAAGUCAUUCCUUCCUUGUGCCUUAAAUGAUAAAGGUGAACACUUUACAGCACAAAAAAGCCAUAAGCUGCAUUCCAGUAGUGGGUUUUCUGAAAUAAUAAGGUAAUGUGUUCUGUCAAUCUCAGGCAAGUUGGCCAUCUUGUGGAAUCAUGAGCUUUAUUUCUGUUUUCGGUUGUCCUUUUUGGAAGUCUUAUUUGCCACCACUUCGUUAUAAUUUUUGUGUAAUAUGAACUAUUCAAUUUCCACUUUAAUUUAGUAUAUUGAAAGAACGGUUACGUUUGCUUUGAAAAUGUUCAGUUUUGGUAGUACGACCAAAUGCCUUGGUUGGACUGGGAAGAAGUUCAGCAACACAAGUCUAAGCACAAGAUAUGAAGCCGGAUAUAAUUCUCAUGGCAAGAGAACUCAAUAGUAGAAACUAGUGGUACGUAAUGAUAAUAAGCAGUCCUAUUUUUUUGCAUCUUCAGAUUGCGGUCUAGUCCUCAUCUACUUUAUCUCAAUUUUGUCUAUUGAUUUGCCCUGCCUUUUCUUGAGGCUUUGGUAUUGUCAUCUGGUCCACAGUUAGUUGAAUAUGGAUCAGCAAAAGUAAGAUGAGGUCAUCUUCAUACUUAGAUAGUUGAUCUGACAUUGUCCUGUCCUCAAGUUGACGGAAAUGGUUCAAGGCUCACGCUUACUGGAUAAAAUUGAAUUAUCUUUGCUAAACCAGUGUUUUAGAAGUAAAGAUUAAGGGUUGGAUGUAAAUGACCACCUGGUUGUUUGACUGCAUAAAAUAUGCUGGCAAUGUAUGAGAGAAAUGAAUAAAAGAUGAUAAUUGGUACAUUA